AUUCAAAUGGGAUCCAUUUUCUGAGAACCCGCAAGAGAUCUUGUUGCUGUUGUGGUUUAUUUCAGCCGCAUCAUAAAUUAAAUAUGGUGGUAUCAAACGGUCCCAUCAUUGGUGUUUCUAGUCGAAAGUUCUUGUAUUUUGUAAUUGUUGCUGCAGGCCUACUUUUAGCUGGAACCAAAAGUCUAGAUUACAGUUUGUUGUACAUGGAGUCAGCAUGUGGCACGACUAUCACCUUUACCGAAAGUUUCCAGAUGGAUUCUAGCACAGGAAUUACCUACAAAAACUUGCUGGAUUGUGAACUGACUGUAACUGGACCUUCAGGCCAUUUUGUCGUUGCUCAGAUCACUCGCUUUGAGCUGGAGGCAGCUCUGACAGGGUCUUGCACAGACUAUCUUGAUGUUCAUGAUGGAACCAGCACUUCAGCCACAAAGUUGAACUCAAGUCCUGUUUGUGGAUCUGGAACCAGCAUUCCUUCCAACUUCACCUCCAGUGGCGAUUCAAUGACUUUACAUCUUCUCUCAGAUAGUUCUGGAGUUUACACAGGAUUUAACAUGGUUUUUGUUGCUGCAACAAGUGAACCAUGCUCCAGCUCACAGCUUAACUGCAACACCUCUGUGUGCAUCCCUUCAUCUCUGGAGUGUGAUGGCUUUGACCAGUGUGGAGACUCUACAGAUGAACAGGAUUGUGCAGCAAAAGCAUCAAGUGAUGGUCCAGAUGUAGUGAUGAUUGUACUAAUCACACUUACUGUCCUUGUUGUCAUCGGUUGUGUUGUAGCCUUUGUAGCAUACAGAAUAUAUGAUAGAAACAGGUGGAAAAAGUUCCUUCACGGAAAAAUGGACGAUGACGAUGGGAUUGUUGCACCAGGACCAAGCUACCCUCUCACAUACCAGUACUACAAAGGCAUUCGGGGACAUCCUGUGUACCAAGCAAAUUCCUCUCAUUAUACUGAUGUGGAGAAGGAUACUACUACUACUAUGACAGAUUCUGGGCACAGCUUUGACAAUAAAGCUCAGUCUUCUGUGUCAACAUAGGGACAGCUUAUAUGCUUUUAUCCAUUUAACCGGCUACCUUGUGUUUUAAUGAGAUUUUAUGUUUUAAUGAGAUUUUACGCUUUUGGGGACUAAACUUUUCUUGCCAAUGCAAAUAAGAUGUUGAUUGAUUGCAAAAGUUUAAGGUCCCAUAAACAAUUAAGAUCAUGAAGGAGAUGGGUUAUUUCAACCCUGCCUAUCAGAGUAACCCAGCACACAGUACAAAACAAAUAUCAAAAUUGGUUCUCCAGUUAGGAAUCUAGCUCACACCUUCUGCGUUCAAGGCUAAGAGCCAAGCCAUUACAUCGCAGAUGCCAGUUAGAUUAACAGCUAUAAAACUUUUCUUGUAUUUUAUUUAAAAAAUGAGACAGCUUGGAAUCUAAGGAUUUGAUCGCUACAUUCGUUCCCAUAGUUAGCCUUAAACAUGUAAUGGUACAAAGAUGAGAAUGAAGAAUAAUAAUUGGCUCUUUUUCCCCCCAAGUUCCAUAACACAAACUGGCAUGAGUCAAAGAUGAACAGAAGUUGAGAUAUACGCCACAGGGGAGCUGGGCUUUUUUUUAAUGGAUCCGGGGCCUAACAAAAAAAAACAACUUUUGAAACUGUGGUAACUACGCUGGCUCCUUGUGCCUGUGAUUCCCACGAUGUGCACUUAUCACUUUUAGAAAUUAGAGGGCCAAUAAUGAAACUUGUUGAGUUGGUGAAAAAUGGUGAAAUGGUAUUGGUUUAAUACCCCUAUCAACACUAUUAGGUUAUUUAAGAGUCGGGACAUCCGAGUUUAAUGUCCAUCUCCGAAAAGACCGCUUGUUGAGUUGAUCUGAUUGCAGAUUUCAUUUCUAGCACAAAAGACUACACAAUUUUUAUUGCAUGUAUUCAAAGCUUUGUUGGAGUUCUAUUGGCACGACUUAUUGUUGGAGCUGGAUAUCCGAGCUGACGACAAAACUAAAAUUUGGGAUAAGCAGAACUCUUGAAAAAUUUCCCACUCUAUGGCAUUAAUAGUGGGAAAGUAGGCAAUUGAAAUUAUUAUCAAAGUAUAACGCAGAAUGAAUGCACAGGAUCUUUUGAAUUUGGAGAAGUCAGAAAAUGUUGAUUCUCACUCCCCAUCCCACUAAAACAUACAAUACAAUCCUAGCAAAAUUUCAUACUUAGACUUAGAGCUAAAAAAAACCCUGUCAGUUGAAGCACCAUCUUGACAAUACAAUACAACAAAAAUACUAGCAAAUGUGUUUAUUGUAUCUCGACUAGAUUAUUGUAAUUCAUUGCUGAAAGCUGGCCCAGCGGGUGAAAAUCCUGAAACGGCAAUGCAUUCAGAACAACACAGCUAUAUCAAAAAGUAAGGAAAUCAAAACUUGAGCAUAUCACUCUGUUACUAAAAAAAAGGCUAAACUGGUUGCAUGUGAAAGCAAGGAUUAGCUAUAAAUCGGGCAUAAAUGUGUUUCAAAGCUCUUAGAACCAAAUUUCCAUCGAAUACCACUGACCCUGACCUUCUUGUCCCUUAUCAUUCAUCAAGAAGUCUUAGGUUAUCAAAUUCAAACUUGCUUUCAAUACCACAAAUUCAUCUGAAAAAAAAAUAAAAA